UGUCCCAACUUCUCCUUUUUUUACCCCAAUUUCUCCUCAGUUCCCGGGAGGGCCAUGGAGCUCCGGGUCCUUUUCUGGCUCCUGGCUUUAGUUCCGGCCCAAUCGGACGGCGCCGUCUUGGACUUGGCCACAGCGAAGAUUUUCCGGGGGGACCCCCAAGGGGCUUUUGGGACCCAAGUGGCCUCUUUGAAGACCCAAGAUGGCGCUUGGGUUUUGGUGUCGGCGCCGUUGAGUCACGUUGAGGCCUCCGGCCUUGGGAGGCUCUACAGGUGCCACCCCGGCUCGGGGACGUGCCAGGAGGUCCCCGUUGUGGGGCCUCCGGGCGCCGUCAACGCAUCCUUGGGGUUGGCGUUGGACGCCAGCGAGGAGGGGGUGGUGGUCUGUGGUCCCCGGGUCCCCAAAUUUUGCGGGUCCAACGUUCAACUCCGGGGUUUCUGCGUCCUCCUCGACGUCAACUUCCAGCAGUUCCAGAGCCUCCCCCAGCUCCUCCCAGAGUGUCCCAAGGCCUCGUCCGACGUCGUUUUCCUCAUUGAUGGCUCCGGGAGCAUCCAAAGAGAGGACUUCAAAACCAUGAAGAAAUUCAUCCGGGAGGUGAUGUUGAUGUUCAAGGACACGGACACCCAGGUGGGGCCUUUUGUGGGGGACAUCUUGGUGGCAUCUGAGGGGGGUUGGUGGCACUUGAGGGCAUUUGGUGGCAUCUCAAGAGGUUUGGUGGCAUCUGAGAGGGGUUUGGUGGCAUAUUUGGGGCAUUUGGUGGCAUCUGGGAGGGGUUUGGUGGCAUCAGGAGGGG